AUGGAGGACCUGACCAAGGGCUACAGAAGCGACUUUUCCGGGCUGCGCCCGUUUGAAAGAGCGGCGGCAGUCAGAAAGGUCCAGGGCGAAAUCCUCGCUGGACUCCCUCUCAACACCCUCUACGUCGUGCUCUACGUUCGCGCUGACCCUCCCAUUGCCAACGACUUCCACUGGGGUCUCUAUUUCCACACUGACGCCUCCAGUGGCUUCAAGUAUCAUGUGAAGAACCCCAGCACCGACGGCAAGGGAUGGCUUGCGGACCACGGCAGAACUGGAGGUCUCUUGAAGUCUAACCUUCUUUGUGUUAUCAUUCAGAUCGCACGCGUCCCUGGCGAUAAAGUCGCUCAAGUCGAUCCCUUCAUGAGGUUCUAUGACGGCAACCUGAAUGCAAUGCCUGGUAUCACUUGCCGCGUUUGGGCGCUCUUGCAAUUCUGCAGAAGCUCAUGGACCAGGGCAUUGUGA